AUGUCCACACCACCGCCUACUCGCCGGGAGAUACUCAUCGUUGUCGCUCUCCUCGCCCUGUUUGUCUUUUUCUCCAGUUCAAGCUCCCUCUCAACCAUCAACACCGUACUCGUAGAGCGUCCUCAAGAUCAUUCAACGAACCAUACCUCGCGCCCCAUAUCUCAUUUACAAAGGCCAGCAGAGUCUUUGCUCAACUGGGGUUCAACCUUGCCUCCAGAGUCCACCAUUGUUUCCCAUGUCCCUGGUUGGACACUCUUCGACAAACUAUAUAUCCUCAAUGGCACUGUUUACAUAGUCUCAGACAGACCUGUGACGGUUCCGGACAUCCAGUUUAUUUACUCCAAAGGUAUCUUCAUUGAGCCAGGACAGGAAGCCGAGCUAUCGCGCCUACCCACGGAGGAGCAGAUUCGAAUCAUCAGCACAAAGGAGGCCAAAGCGAUGUUUGGCACAAACGCCCAGAUAAUAGAUGGCGUAACUUUACUAGUUAACGACCCGCCCCAAUUCAUCACCCACUACUACCAUUGGUCUGCCGAGUUAUGGUUUGGCUUCUGGAGAGCAUAUUCAUCCCUCGACCCCACUAUAACUGCAGAAGGCAAGACCGCACUACCUCCUGCCCGCCGAAUUCUGUUCAACCGCCUUGACAACUUCCAUUGGCGUGAUUAUGCCUCCAUGAAUCAAUGGGUCGUCCGGGCAUCCUUCCCUUCAGUAACUAUGGAAUUCAUAGACGACUGGCGCGAUCGCGCAGAAUUGGGAAAAGCUUUCGUCUUUGAGCGCGUCUUGGUUGCCGAUCGUUCUGCUGCCAUGCUGUCUUACAACUAUCAGCGAUAUCAGCGUACAGCUGCGGCUGCUUUUGCCUUGCCUGGGAGUAUGAAUUGGUGGCAACCUAUCAGAAAUAAUGUCAUCGGAUUCGCCGGUUUGGACCCUGAGAUUGGCGGUGGAACCACAAGCAACCCAGUGAUCACCUAUAUCUCGCGUCAGAAGUGGGGUCGCCGUAUGUUAAUUCCAGAGCACCACGACAAACUUGUCAGCGAGUUGUACAAACUUCGUGAUACAUACGGCUACGAGGUAAAUGUAGUAGAGGCUGAGAACAUGUCUCGUUUGGAGCAAAUUCAACUUGCUGCUCGUACCACGAUCAUGAUGGGUGUUCAUGGAAAUGGUUUGACUUCGCUUGUCUGGAUGAAACCCAGCCCCCGUGCAACAGUCAUGGAAUUCUUCUUCCCGGAAGGUUUUGCGCAUGAUUAUGAGUAUACGACUCGCGCCCUGGGUAUGGUGCAUUACGGAUUCUGGGAUUCGCAGUACUUCACUAGUCCUGGUAUACCCACUCCCAGAUACGUGGAUGGUUUUCAAGGCAACGCUAUUCCAAUCAACGGCGAGGUUGUAGCGCGCCUAUGUCUUGAGCGGUUAUCUUUGAACGAAGAAGUGGACGAUUAA